ACACAGGUGUUCUGGAUCCACUUUUGUCCUUUUUUUUUUUGUGUUAACAUCUGGUUGCAUCUGGGUAGUCGAAAUCAUUUGCAUGACGAUGUAUAUGAUGUCUAAUGUGGUUGAAUUUCAUGACAAGACUACUUGAGUGUGGUUCCCACUCUGUUCUACUGCAUCUGGAUUCGAACUCAGGUCUGUAUAUCGACAGUUCAUGGGUGUGCGAACUGAGCUAGUCCAUCAGCAGGUUGCAGGUUCGAUUCCUGGAGUGGGCAAUUUCGUUUCAUUCAAGAGAUUGGACUUGAACGUGGAAGAGUGUUGCUUGAUGAACGGCUCAGAUGAUCGCACAGCAAUCGUCUGGCAGGAUGAAGGGAGAGAGAACUUGCAUAAAAUGUCGCUGGCAGAGCUUCGCUCGCAGUGCAGCUCUGUGGCCUUUGCAUUAAAUGCAGCAGGUUUUCAGAAAGGAGAUGCAGUUGCUAUUAGCAUGCCCAUGACAGUGCAAUCAGUGGUCAUAUAUCUUGGAGUCGUCCUUGCUGGGUGUGUAGUUGUGUCGAUUCCAGACAGCCUCCCGGCUCACCAAAUCGCAACACGUCUUAAGAUCUCGGAUGCGAAGGCCACAUUCACUCAGGAUGUCAUUUUGCGCGGAGCAAAGGUGCUUCCUCUUUACAGCCGUGUUGCUGAGGCAUGCUGCCCCAAAGUAAUUGUUGUUCCAGCAAAUGGUGUCUAUACAAGUGUUACUCUAAGAGACUGCGAUCUAGCGUAUGGUGAUUUUCUUCAGAAGGUUGGAGAUGGAGUACCUGCUAAGGAAAGAUGCGAUGUCUACCAAGCUGCCUCACUUCCAGUUGGAGCUUUCUGCAAUAUUUUGUUCAGUUCAGGGACCACAGGCGAGCCUAAGGCAAUUCCCUGGACACAUGCAACGCCUAUCAAGGCUGCAGCAGAUGCAUGGGCUCAUCAGGAUGUGCGCUCCGGAGAUGUGAUUUCGUGGCCGACAAAUUUGGGAUGGAUGAUGGGCCCCUGGUUGAUUUAUGCUGCUCUUCUGAACAAGGCCACAAUCGCCCUGUUUAAUGGAAGCCCUCUUCAUUCAUCUUUCGGGAGAUUUGUGCAGGAAACUGGAGUGACGAUGCUUGGAUUAAUACCCAGUAUUGUGAAAGGCUGGAAAAAUACGGGCUGUAUUGAUCAGGUGGACUGGAGCAAGAUCAGGUGCUUUAGCUCAUCUGGCGAACCAUCAAAUGCGUCCGACUACCUCUGGCUUAUGGCAAAAGGGCAUUAUGCCCCGGUGAUUGAGUAUUGUGGUGGGACAGAAAUCGGUGGUGCUUAUAUCACCGGUUCACUUGUCCAGUCUCAGGCGCUUGCAUCAUUCAGCACACCUGCCAUGGGAUGUAGAUUUGUCAUCUUGAUGGCUGAUCAGUAUGCUCAUCAGGAUGAGAACCAACCUGCCAUUGGAGAAUGUGCACUGUUCCCGCGGAUCUUGGGGUCAUCAAGCUGUCUCCUGAAUGCCAAACACUACGAUGUCUAUUUUAAAGACAUGCCGCUUGUCAAUGGCAUGAUACUACGUCGACAUGGAGAUGAGAUUGAGAGUACUGCUGGAGGGUAUUAUCGAGCGCAUGGGCGGGUUGAUGACACAAUGAAUUUGGGUGGAAUCAAGGUCAGCUCCGUGGAAAUCGAACGCACCUGCAAUGCCUCACAUACUGAUGUGGUGGAGACUGCCGCAAUUGGAAUUUCUCCUGCUGAUGGCGGCCCCGAGAAGCUUGUGAUUGUGGCUGUGCUAAGGGAUGGGUUUGUAGCUGAUGUUGAAGAUUUGAAACUGGCCUUCACUGCAGCGCUGCGCACAAAGAUGAGCCCUUUCUUCAAGGUUAACGAUGUCGUCCUUGCUCCUUCGCUACCAAGAACACCGUCCAACAAGGUUAUGAGACGUAUCAUUCGGGAUCAGUACAGUAUGCGGAGGCUGGAGACAGCAUCACGGGGCCUUCUGAAUAUUGGAAGUUAAAACUCAUGGCUGAGCCCGUGGGUACUCGUGAGUGAGCCCAUGGUACUUGUGAGUGAGCCCAUGGUACUUGUGAGUGAGCCCAUGGUACUUGUGAGUGAGUUGCCUUGUCUCAUGUAUGUGUUUUUUCUUUUCAUCUGUUAUAUUGAAAUUGUUUCCUGUUUGCAUCUCUUUUUUUUUUUCUUUUUUUUUUUAAUGACUCGUUGAGACCAUGGUAGGUAGGGUGAUAAGAGCAUCCCUCCCUACUAUGAUUUCCUUUGGUCGCUCCAUCUAUUGGUGGGGAGCUGCACCUGCUGGAAAACGGGUCCAGAUGUCCUUCGCUUGUUGGAAAAACAUGAAAGGAUUUUCAGAAGUUAAUAAUAGUACCAUGCCACACAGUAUGUACUUCAACAAACUCAGAAUUCAAAA